CGCGAGAGAACGCAUCGUGUUUCAUUGACAACGCGAGCGCCACUGGCAAUGUCGGGAAGUGACAGUCCAACGUUUUUUCACGGCCAACCCUGGUCCAACUGGAUCGAAAGAAUCGGAAGGGAUAAACCAUUAAGCGAUGAAGAAUCAGAAACAAAACCAACGAGUACAGUCACUCGUCUUUCUGCAGAAGACAUCGAUCUGUAUGGAUUCUGUCCAGAAAGAGAUACUUUUUAUGGAGUGGUCUGUGAGAUAUGCAACUCCAUAGUAAAACCACAAGCUCUUAUUCAGCAUAUGGAGAGUCGACAUCCUAGUGGUACGGCCAAUUUUCCACCCCCAUCUGUACCCACAACGAAACCUCCAGUAAAGACGCCAUAUUGCAAAGUAUCCAAAUUAAAGAAGACACAACCGGCGUCAGCUCAAAACUCGAGUGGUACCAAAGUGAUUCAUACGUCAGUGAAACGAACUUCGUCGACAGAGCAACAGCAACAGCAGCAGCAGCAGCAGCAGCAGCAACAACAACAACAACAACAACAGCAGCAGCAGCAGCAGCAACAACAGCAACAGCAACAACAGCAACAACAACAACAGCAGCAGCAGCAGCAACAACAGCAACAACAACAACAACCUAAUAGUACCUCAUCAACGUCGUUACCAGUUUCAUCCUCACCUAGAUCACCAUUAGAAACAACAUUACAAACCGUACAAACAGCUACCACCAGUACAAGCAGUGGUUCACUGGCAUCGUCAAGUCCAGUUAAAAGUCCUGGUACCAGUGGGCAAACCAGACGAAAAAGGCUUAAAACGGAUCGUUCGCUCCUCAAAGAUCGCGAAUAUGAUCCUGAUCGGCACUGUGGCGUAUUAAAUGAGGAAACAGGGAAACCAUGUACGAGGUCACUCACAUGUAAAGCCCAUACAGUAUCCUUACGUCGUACCGUCAUUGGUAGAAGCAAAACGUUCGAUAAAUUACUCGCGGAGCAUAGAGCAGCAAAGGAAGUACCGAGUAAUACAAGGACAACAAAAUUAUCAGUAACUGGUACCGUCGUACCAUUGUCAUCACCAACGAUCAAUCCAACGUCAUUGACAACAAAUGCUUCUACCACAAAUAUUGAUUCCGAAGCACCAAGUUCGCCACCUGUAUUAUCAUUGCCGGACACCUAUCCACUGCCAAAGGCUGUUGAUUUGCUUUAUCGGUGUCUGGCCCCGCAUGGCUCCACUAAACCUACGAAGCUCGAAGAGGAGUUCGGUAACGAGGAACUACGGAGCCUGGAGUCGUCCUUGGUCGAAGCAAGCGCGUCCACGUCAGGUUCACAGACGACCGCGCAAUCUUCUUCGGGUUCGAUGAUGAUGGGUCCUAUAUCGGUGGUCUUGCCAUCGCUCUCGCCGUUGCCAACGAAUCAACAGGAGGAUUCAACGGUGGUGGCUACCUUGAUACAAACUGCUACGCCAGUACUAACGACGACAUCGCAAUCGGCUACGGCAACGGCAGUGGCAUCGGCAUCGGUUUUGUCAACGACGUCGUUAACUUCGAUGAUGGUCUCACCGAUGGCAGUUGUAUCCAACGACGUACCAUCGCCUACGGCAACCGGUGGUACACCAACGACUGUGCCAACGGCAAUCGCAACACCAACGACAGCACAGUCGACGACGCCUAACGCGACGACAACUUCUACCACAACGCCUCCGCAUAAUUCGAACGCCAUUACGGGCUCUCUAGUUGACCAUGAAAAUUCUCUCGACGUAGUCGAUCCGGACGAUCCAAUUGGCAGUAUAUAUUCCGCCGCUUUCAAGGACGACAAAACAUUGUCGUCAUUACGUUCGAACAAUCUUUUAUUAUCGCCAUUGUCAAGGAGUUCCUAUCAUCGGCAGCUUCAACAAGCUUCCUCGAUGCCAACCUUGAAUCUUUUCGAACCCGUAGUCGAUCAACUUGAACAACGUAACGCUGCUCCGAUAAAUGGUAAAAGAUUCAAUCAUGGUAAUCGUACGAGCCCGUUACCAGGUACAAGAUCAAGCAAAAGAAGCAAACAGGAUUAUCAACAUCGUCAGGAUUAUUCUACGUCUAUACAACUCGAGGCUACUACUACCUCAACGCCUUAUCCUAAUUUCGGUGAUAUUACUUGGUCGAACUGUCAUCCUGAACCACUGGCCGUUAGCCGGUGGCUUCGUAUUACGUCCAGCCGUAAGCAGUACAACUUUAAUAUUCACUGACACAAGACCCCACCUACUCCGGGCUAAAGGACGAACAUUUUUCUGCUUUUCCAUUUCAUAGUUCGAUAGUUCUUUUCUCUCUCUCUCUCUCUCCCUCUCUCUCUCUCUCUCUCUCUCUCUCUCUCUCUCUCUCUCUCUCUCUCUCUCUCUCUCUAUUUCUUUUUUCCUUCUUUUUUCUUUUCCUUUUUUCCUUACCUUCCUUCAUCAAUAUUCUGAAGCCUGCAGGAGAAGGGACGGUCUUUGUAAUGCAUCGCCUUUUCUUAAUUUACUUUUCUUUCUUUUUUUUUUCUUUUUUUUCUUUUUAUUCUUUUUAUUUUUUUCUUUUCUUUUCUUUUCUUUUUACCUUUAUUUUUAUUAUCUCAUCAGCUCAUUCUUUUUUACGUUCAACUUGUGUCCACAAAAUUCGUUCAGUUUUAUUAAUAACAAAAACAAAAAAAAUAUAUAUAUAUAUAUGUAUAUAUACAUAUAUAUAUAUCUACUUUAUUCCGUUUUUGUAUAUAUCGAUUGACUUAUAUUUUGAGUCACCAUAAUUUUGAUUGAUUAAUUGAAGAUAAUUCAAUUGGCACGAACUUUUUGGACGUCCAAGAAAGAUAUUUGUUUUUCUUUUUUCAUUGACGUUAUUGUCGAUAACAAUAACACAACGUUAACAACAUUCCCGUUCGAUCGUUCACAACUCUACCUCGGAUCAUUUGUCGAAUCCAUGUAUUUUUUUUUCUUUUUUUUUUGAUUCGAAUAUAUAUGCAUAUAUAUAUAUAUAU